CAAAACACGCCAUCAAAACACGACAAAUAAUUAGAUUAAAACCAUGUUUUUGCCACAGACUCACUUCAUAACAUAAGUUGAGUGUUUUAAAUAUCCAUGUGGUCUGAUGUGGCUUCGGAUAACAAAAUGAGACAGAAAAUAUACUCUAUUGUAGUAUUCUGGACAGGCCUAAAGGCUAUGUCAAUUAGCUUUGCAUUAUAAAUAUAUAGUAUUGUUAUGAAAAUACACUACAUGACUGAAAUAAAUCAUAAUUCAGCAUUUUGACAGCUUCCACCAUGAAGAAAUAUACAGAAAAAUGAAGUGUUCUUCUCUCUCCUGUACAGUAGGGGGCACUGCAGCUCUUUAAUCCACCGGUAAACCCACUAAAGAAAGAAAGAAAUAAAGCGUUUACUGGUUGUGGCUAGAAGGGAUACAGCUGUGGCCAAAAUCUCGCCGGAGGAGCGCUGUUUUUAUCCUAAUCCUUCCCACAAACUUAACCCAAAAUCUCGCGAGAAUUGUCCGCAGCUGUAUUUUCUCUAGCCAGAACCGAGCUCGCGUGUGAUGUGUUUGUGUAUCCUCAUUGUUUUUCUCUCUUGAGUGUUUUAUUGAGAGUAAACAGAGUCUUGUCGCUGUGUAUUUUAGUGUAAGUUAUAUCGAUGAUGAGAAAUGAGAUGGAUGUGCUGUAAAUCAGUAGGAAGUUAUCUGUAUUUUAGUGUAAGUUAUAUCGAUGAUAAGAAAUGAGAUGGAUGUGCUGUAAAUCAGUAGGAAGUUAUCUGUCCAUGCUCGAUAUUGAUGAUUUCAUUACAGAAAUCUCUGUGCUGCAGAAAGAAAUGGCGUUACUGGAGGCAAAGUUGAGGUCAAGAGGAGACGAAGAAGUGAAGAGAGAGGAUGUGGAUGUGGUUUGUUGUGAAUCUUCAGUGUAUGUGACUGAUGGGAUCUCUACAGAAUGUCAGGAUCAAAGCUCAUCACAGUUACUGCUGGACAAACUCUCUGAAGAGAAAUCCAGACACACACAGGACUCAAAGUUCAAUCUCACUUUACUCUGUUAUACUGAGUCAAAGCCCACAGACGCUCAGGACACUGCAGUGUGUGACAGUAUUCAGGGUUUAAAGGAUGAGGAAUCUACUGAUCAAACCUCCACAGAGUCUCUGGAUUCUGCCUGUAAUGCUGGAGAACAGCAGCAGAUCCAGCAGACCACACUGAAGAUGUGUUCAGUCAAACUGGUGGACUGCAGGAACCUGAAGAUGGAGAUAAAAACAGAACCUAUUGAAGAUGAAGAGCACUUUAUUCUGCCAGAUGAGAAGAGUGAUUCAUGUUCUGAUGAAGAAAGGUCCUCAACAUCAAAAGAGCGACUGACAGCACAAACUCAAGAGAAGAAACUUUAUUCAGAAGAGCAAAGAGAGAUGUUAUUUCACUGUGAGCAUUGUGGGAAGAAUUUUGUUGACUUUUCUCAGCUUAAAGCCCACAUGAGGACACACAGUGAUGAAAAGCCUUUCUACUGCACUGAAUGUGGCAAUUACUUCAGGACCAAAUAUAGUCUUGAUGUUCAUAAGAGUAUUCACACAGGAGAAAAUGCAUACAAGUGCAGCGAAUCUGAAAAAACUGGGGAUUCAGGUUCAUUAAAAUCACACCAGAAUAUUCACUCUGAAGAGAAACUAUAUCAAUGUUCACACUGUGAUAAACGUUUCCAUCUGAAAUAUCUUCUGAUACGCCAUGAAAAAAUUCACACUGGAGAGAAACCUUAUCACUGUAGUGUUUGUGGGAAGAGCUUUAAUCAACGUUUCAAUUUAGUGUCACACCAGAGAAUUCAUACAGGUGAAAAAAAUUACAGAUGUCCUUAUUGUGGGAAGACGUUUGCUCAACAGGCUGGCCUGAGAACCCAUCAGAGAGUUCAUACAGGAGAAAAACCUUACAAAUGCUCUCAGUGUGAUAAGACAUUUACUCAGUCAAGUAACUUAAAAGCCCAUCAGGGGGUUCAUACAGGAGAGAAACCUCAUCACUGUAGUGUUUGUGGGAAGAGUUUUUAUCAACGUUUCAACUUGGUGUCACACCAAAGAACUCAUACAGGUGAAAAACCUUACAAAUGUCCUCAUUGUGAGAAAACGUUUGCUCAACAAGAUGGCCUGAGAACCCAUCAGAGAGUUCACACAGGAGAAAAACCUUACGUCUGCUCUUACUGUGGAAAAAGCUUCUCUGAUCGAUCUCAUUUCAGAGUUCAUCUGAGGGUUCACACAGGAGAAAAACCUUACGUCUGCUCUCACUGUGGAAAACACUUUUCUGAUCAAUCUCAUUUCAGAGUUCAUCAGAGAGUUCACACUGGAGAGAAACCUUAUCACUGUAAUGCUUGUGGGAAGAGUUUCAGUCGAAAUGAUACUUUAGUGAAACACCAGAGAAUUCAUACAGGUGAUAAACCUUACAAAUGCUCUCAGUGUGAUAUGACGUUUGCUCGACAAGAUAGCCUGAGAACCCAUCAGAGAUUUCAUACGGUAUUACAACCUUAUCACUGUAGUGUUUGUGGGAAGAGUUUCAGUCGAAAUGAUACUUUAGUGAAACAUCAGAGAAUUCAUACAGGUGAUAAACCUUACAAAUGCUCUCAGUGUGAUAAGACGUUUGCUCGACGAGAUGGUCUGAGAACCCAUCAGAGAGUUCAUACAGUAGUAAAACCUUAUCACUGUAGUGUUUGUGGGAAGAGUUUUGAUGAUGGGACGCAAGUAGAUCAGUGGUGGGACGAGCAUCACGGCAACUGGAACUGGGUCUGUCAGUCUCAAUGUCCUCUGGGAACAGAAGACGAGAAAGGAAAUAAAAUCCUAUUAGGCCGUUCACUAUAACGUUAAAGUCUUACAAAAAAAUGGAUGUGUGCUCAGUUCCGGACAAGCUAACUACUUUAUAACUGUAUUACAAGAAGAGGAUAGGGCCUAGAAUUGAUCCCUGUUGUACACCAUAUUUAACCUGAGAGUUACAUGAUUUUUCUUCAUUUAUUUAAUUAAAGUGAUGGUGGUCAGUUAAAUGAGACCUAAACUAGGCUAACACAUUCAUUUUCUAGGCUAUCAAGUAGGGUUGUAUGAUCUAUUGUGGCGAAGGCUGUGCUAAGGUCUAGUAAUAUAAGUAUCAAGAUUGCACCACAAUCAGAAGCUAAUAGUAGGUCAUUUGUGACUCUAAGCAUCACUGUUUCUGUGCUAUGGUGGGGCCUAAACCCUGAUUGAAUGCUUUUAUACAUACAACAUUCUCAAAGAAUGUGCAAAGUUCUCUAGCCACUACUAUGUUCUUUUCCAGUCACGCUGGCAAACUUGAUAAAUCAGCUUGGUCAUCUGCAUUUUCUAGAUCAGAUUCGGGCUUGUAUUGAUAAGGCAGUAAAGGCGAUAUUAUCUCCUUUUUCCAGCGUUGCCAGGUCCGCAGCCUUUUGGUGGAGUUCUAAAUUGGGCUCAUAGGCACUUCAGGUGUUUCUUGUGCCUGGGAAGGAGCGACACAGGGCUUCCGAGUUUGGGACUGAGAAAGCUCAGGAUGGUUGGUACCUGAUAAGCAAGAAUAAAAACAAUGGCAGAAAUUCUAAACGUGAAGAUUUUUAAGAAAAGUUUUGAGAGAAAGAAAAGCAUUGAUAGCACCGCUCGAAACCAGGCCCGGAUUGGCCAUAGGGAGAACCGGGAGGAUUCCCGGUGGGCCGGUCUGUUUUUUUGGCCACGAGGGCCGGUGUUGUCAUGCCACCGGGAUGACGCGUACUUGCGGGUGAGAGAUGUCUCCGCCGCUUUAUGCACAAGUUGAUUGUGUCCCGAGUCCCGACCACUUAUUGGAAGAAUUCUUGCAUUAGGGUUCAUUGACAUCUAAAACGCAUGGGAAACCAGGACGUGCCGCUGUCUUCUGGUUUUCAAAGCGCUUACUUGAACACGAGUUUUGUUUCAGACGCGUCUAUAUUGAGUGCGCUUGCCGGCCGCGCGUCUAUUAUAUUUUAAAUAAACUUGAGCGCCUCUUUUGAGUGCGCUCGCCGGCCGCGCGUCUAUAUUUAAAAUAAACUUGAGCGCGUCUUUUGAGUGCGCUUGCCGGCCGCGCGUCUAUAUUUAAAAUAAACUUGAGCGCGUCUUUUGAGUGCGCUUGCCGGCCGCGCGUCUAUAUUUAAAAUAAACUUGAGCGCGUCUUUUGAGUGCGCUUGCCGGCCGCGCGUCUAUAUUUUAAAUAAACUUGAGCGCCUCUUUUGAGUGCGCUCGCCGGCCGCGCGUCUAUUAUAUUUUAAAUAAACUUGAGCGCGUCUUAAUACAAACGGGCUGGCCAAAAGGAAAAUAAUUUACAAAACGUAUUUUUUUAUCCAAGUCAUAGAUGAAUUCUCUAUGAAUAGUCAUUAUUCAUCGUUUAUUGCAAGAGGAACAAAAAUCUAUUUGAUGCAAAACUCAUUAGUUUAUUUGAAAAAAGUAGUUUCAAAAGUAUAUCCAUGAUGUUUUCUUUUUUUAACACAUUGUAGGCCUACGUUAUUUAGCAAUAGACAUGAUCUAA